CACUAUUCUCGAUUCCCACGCUCCCGUGUAAAUGCUCUCUCAGGAGAGCGAAGCAUUUAAAACAGAGUAUUGGUGAAAUAUUAAUUGCUAAAUCUCUCCUCCUCCUCCUCCUCCUCCUCUGAGUUGAGGAGAGAGAGAGAGAGAGAGAGAGAAAGAGAGGGGUUUGUAGAGGUUUCACUACAGUCGAGGUUCUCUUUCUCUUGCUUCUUUUCUCUCUUACGCAUGCACGGUCUCUUUGUUGUAGUGGUGGUGGCUUUUUCUUUGCUGGGUUUUUGUCUUUUAUCUACCGGGAGCUUUAGCUUUUUUUUUUUUUUUUCUUUUUCUGUUUCUGCUGUUCUUGGUGUUCUGUUUUCGCAGAGAUUAUAGCUAGAAAAGGGUAGUGGGUGGGUGUGUGUAGCAUUCUCUUCUACCUGAUCUUUCCCUUUAAAGGGUUUUGCUUUGUGCGGAGAGCCACAGAGAGAGAGAGAGAGAGAGAGAGAGAGAGAGAGAGAAGGCGGGGUGUGGGAGUUCGUGUGUGAAGGGUUUGUGAUUUUUAAUUUUUUGAGGUGGGUUUUUCUUGGGAACUCGGGAUUCGUAGGUUUUUGGCUCGGAGGAGGUGGAAAAGAGGGAGCUUGGCCAUUUGGCCGAGGCUAAAUUUGUGGGUGUGGGUUUAAGUAGGGUUUUUGAUCGGGGAGGGAUUUUGGUCGACGAGGGUUUGAGGUGGAGAAAGGUUUCUGAGGAGCGACGCAAUGCUGGGUCCUUCGAGCUCUCGGAAGUUGUUUCCUGAGUUGGGUUUCCAUCAGGAAGUAGAAUGCGCUUCCCGGGUAGAAGAUGAACUGCUCAAAUCUUAAAGUGGAGUUAGAAAGUGGAGGCUUUUAGAGAUAUUCUAAAGAAUCUGAUGAUUCAUAAAAAAAAUGCAUUUCGAAAGGGAAGAGGUCUUUCCUCUUACACUGAGGCAAGUUGCAUGUUUUAAGUCUAGGCAGGGGAAGACAAGCCAUGUUUUGGGUAGUAUGAGGUUUUCAGACACAGACUUCCCUUAAUCUGCUUCAUGAGUGUUUUUUGAGCGCUCAAGCCGCAUAAUAGAUUCGAUACGGACGAUUCGAUUCGCAACGGUGUCUCUCGCCAUCGAGAAGCUCUGAAGGUUUUUGUCUGAUGGGUAAUUCAUGCACGAAACAGGACCGUAGUGCGGCGCUGCAGCUAUGCAAGGAGCGCAUGCGGUUCAUUAAGCAAGCAAUCGACUCAAGGUAUGCUCUCUCGGCGGCUCAGCUGUCUUAUGUUCAAUCUCUUCGGAACGUAGGAACUGCUCUAAGACAGUUUGUGGAGGCUGAGACUUUAAUUGAAGUACCUGUCGCAACUUCUGAGCCCGAUAAAUCUCCGUCUCAUUCUUCUUAUGCUUCGCCAUCUCCUUCCCCUCUCGCCGACAAUUUUGGCUCACCUUUGACCAAUGAAAGUCCUUUAAAUCCUCGUAUUUCCGACGUCAGCUUCAUGAGGGCUACAGGAAGUGCUUCUCUAAAAGUUACAGUUAAUUCAACACAAGGCCACUUUGUUGAAGAGGAUGCAUCCCCUACUUUUCCUUUCCCUCCGCCACCUCCGGAUAUUAACUCAUCUUGGGACUUCUUUGAUCCUGUUGUUCCGUUUGAUAAUGUCGGCAUCCAGAAUUUUAAUAGGUUGGGGGAUUUCCAGCAUUCUAAAGAAAAGCAUCUGAGUCCUUCAAUUGGAGAGAAAAAUGAGGUGUUUGGAAAGAAUGAGGAAAAGGCAUCCACCAGUACUAAUUCAGAAGUUGAUUGUCAGAACAAUGGCUUGGAGCCAUAUCAUUUAAUGGGAAGGUCUGGAUUUAUUACAACCGAUGGAAAAAAUGAACGUCUGAAUAGAGUUGCCUCGUCGGAAGUAACCACUUCUGUGUCAAAGGAUGUUGGUGUUGAGAAAGAACCACGCAAUGAAAGGGAAGAUGCGUCUGAGUUCAUAACUCAUAGAGCUAAAGAUUUCUUAACCAGUAUGAAAGAUAUUGAAAGCCGGUUCAGUAAGGCUGCAGAUUCUGGCCACGAAGUGUCGAGAAUGCUGGAAACGAAUAAGAUUCGACUUAGCAUUUCUUCUGAGACAAUAGGGAAAUCUUCACCAUCGUUAGUCCUUACCCCCUUCUUAAUAUGUUGCAUGGCAGAGAACAACACAGCCCAUGAAUCAGACAAGCAGGUUAUUACUUGGAAACGCUCGAUUUCGUCACAGUCAUCAUCAUCAAGAAAUCCUCUUAUUUCGGCAUCAAGGGAUGACGCAACUGAAAGUGGUAGUGAUUUUAUUGAAGAAUUUUGCAUGAUUUCAGGGAGUCAUUCAUCAACUUUAGAUAGAUUGUAUGCUUGGGAGAGAAAACUUUACGAUGAACUGAAGUCUAGUGAGUCCAUCAGUAAGGCAUAUGAUCGGAAAUGCGUCCAGCUUAGACACCAAUUUGCAAGAGACUUAGAUGCCCGCGUGAUCGACAAAACUCGGGCUGUCGCGAAAGUUCUGCAUUCAAGAUUGAGAGUAGCAAUUCAAACAGUUGAUUCAAUUUCUAGAAGAAUCGAGAGGCUAAGGGAUGAAGAACUGCAACCCCAACUCAUCGAACUGAUUCAAGGGUUGAUCCGCAUGUGGAGAAUUAUGCUUGAAACCCACCAUGCACAAUAUAUAACUAUCUCACUUGCCUAUCACACAAAAAGCUCAGCUUUAGUACCACCUAGUGAGUCCUGUAAACGAGCUCUGAUCCACCUACGAAGUGAGAUGGAUUGUUUUGGCUUAAGCUUUUCAAAUUGGGUAAAAGCCCAUAAAUCCUAUGUAGAAGCUCUCAACUCCUGGCUCCAAAAGUGUGUCUUGCCACCACAAGAACGUUCGAGGGGAAGAAAGGUAGCCUUUUCGCCUCGCCGAACCCUCGCCCCUCCAAUAUUUGUUCUCUUGCGGGAAUGGUUGAAUGGAAUAUUGUCGCAAAAUUCAGAUGAAGUUAAUGAUUCUAUAGAUCAGAUCACACUGGUCUUGCAUGAAUGGUUCAAGCAGCACUCACAAUUAAAACAAGCCAAAAAGAAGCUUUCUGAUGAGGAAAAUGAGACAGAGCCGAAGGAAGAGAACAAAGAAGAGAAAUGUAAGGAGAUAGAAUCGAAGGUGGUCAACUUGCAAGGUAGCUUGACAAGAUUGUUUGAUCGGCUAACGAAAUUUGCGGAGGCCAUGUUGAAAACUUACGAAGAGGUCAAACAAGAGAGUGAGAAAGCUCAGGCUGCUUACAUAGAGGGUAGAGUCAUUAGGUAAAUUAAUAUGUAAAUGUAAUUGGUAUCCUUGUAAGUAUUCUGUUUGGGCGAAGUUUUAUAUUUUUGGGAAGCUGUCAAAUGCUGCACGGAGGAAGAGCAUGCUGAUUUUCCGGCAUUGUUUCAACAUUUGCUCGCAGGACGGCUAGUCACAGAGCUAACCAAAGUGCUAUAGAUUUUCAGUGGCUAUGGGAUGUGUUCAUUUAAAAUUUCUCCUGUACAAAAUAUUUUUGGCUUAUCUAAUGGGUUGUUCUAAAUUACUUUUGUCA